AAACUCACGACCACUCUUUGGGAAGAUGAGAGUACUUUGUGCUACCAAGUAGAUGCCAAUGGUCUCUGCGUAGCCAGACGUCAAGAUAAUGACAUGAUCAAUGGCACUAAGCUUCUUAAUGUUGCUGGCAUGUCUCGAGGUAAACGCGACGGAAUCCUCAAGAAUGAGAAAGGUCGAGUGGUCGUCAAAGUGGGCGCAAUGCAUCUC